UUUGGUGACGUGUGACCUACACUGUUCUGGGGUUAAAACGCAUUAUAUUCUGUUUAUGUUGUGGUGUCUGUAGUGAUGAGUGCGAAGCAAAACACGGUGAUAUGAUUCUUUACAUGUCGGGUUUGAAUGGUGUCGAUAUAAGAACAAAACAUGGGAAUUAAGAAAAAUAAAUAAAAAUUCCAGAACGUCAUACUAACAUUCUUCAAUGGAGGCAUUGAGGAAUUGUCCUUUCACAACGGGCUUGGAUGGUGUCGAUAUUGCAAAACAUGGGAAACGCUAAACUUCCAGAACGUCUUACUUAAAUUCGUCGAGGGAGGCAGUGAAGAAUUGUCUCUUCACAACCACGGUGGUGGCACUCCUUAAUCUUAAGCCCACGGCUUUUAGCUUCAGUACGAAGGCAGUUGGACUCUAAUCCGAUUCCCAAGGCAAGGCAGCCGAAGGGAAGCAGUAGUGAUACCACCACCGUGGCUAUGAAAAGAUUAUUCUUCAAUGUAUCUCUUGAGGAAUUUUCGCAUGUGGUUCUGGAAGUAUCGCGUUUUUUAAUUAACAUGUUUUGCUAUAUAUCAAGUCCGGCGUGUGAAGAUCUAUGAUUGAAUGAUAUCGCUGUGACUUGUCUGCCUCGUAUUCAUCACAACAAACACGACAGCAUGAACAGAACAUAAUGCGCUUCAAUCUGAGAUAAAAGCCGGUUACGCGUCACUAAAGACAAUGAAUACUGACUCUGGAAAUUAAUACUGGUCAGUGUUGCUAUGGCCGAGAGGAGGAAAGAUGGAUUUGAGAUGUCAAAUGCUAGUAACAGUGACAGUGAUGUUGGUGGUGGCGCGGGCUGCCGCGUCAGAGAUGGCCGAUAUGUCCCCGGCGCUUGUGUUGUUGAAACAGGGCUCUAUCCUGGGCUCGCGAGUGGAGACCAACAACGGCUUCGUGUACUACACAUUCAAUACCAUCCCCUACGCCAGGCCACCCGUCGGGCCCCUUCGUUUUCAGGAACCCAAACCAGCCCCUGCCUGGAGUGGCAUUAGGGACGGUUCGCUCCCCUUCCCCAAGUGUCCCCAAACUACAGUCUUCAAACUGAAAAACUACUCCGUCCAUGGUCAGGAAGACUGUCUGUACCUCAACGUCUUCACACCAAGGCCCUAUAGGUCAAACCUCCCUGUCAUGGUAUUCAUUCACGGCGGUGCUAUGGUUGCUGGGUCAGCCUUGGGUCCUAUUCCCCCAAUGUUACCAGUGCCGCUACUGGAAAAAGACGUGGUGGUGGUCGCUAUGAAUUACCGUGUGGGUGCCCUUGGCUUCAUUUCAACGGGAGACAGUGUUCUUCCUGGGAACUUGGGCCUCAAGGAUCAGACUUUGGCUCUCCACUGGGUGCAGGACAACAUUGGAAACCUAGGCGGCGAUCCUAAAAAAAUCACCGUCUUCGGCGGGAGCGCCGGGGGAUUCUCGUGCCAUGCCCACGUGCUCUCUCCAAGCUCAGCAGGUCUGUUCCAGAGAGCCAUCCUGCAGUCAGGCACUGCACUUUUCUCUGGCCACUUCGGUCUAGCCAGGAAGGGUGCAAUCGCCAUUGGCAAGGCACUGAACUGCAAAGGCGAAGACAGUCACCAGCUCUUGGCGUGUUUUAAAGCAACACCUGUUGAGGACUUGGUGGAAGCACAAAGUAUCUUAAGUGAGUGGUUUGAUAUACCUCUGACCGUGGGUGCCCAAGUGGAUGGGAAUUACCUGACGGACUUCCCGGCUGCGCUACUCAAAUCUGGUCGUUACAAUAAUGUAGACGUGAUGGUUGGAUGGACAAAAGACGAUGGUGAUCUCAUUACUGCAGGUCUGUUCAGUAAGAAAGGCGAAGCAGCGUUGAAGGAGCUGAAUGAAAACUUCCAAAAGGUGGGACCAGUUAUACUAGGAUUGGCGGAGGAAAAAAAUUCUGUCUAUCUAGCCCGGCGGGUGUUUUACAAUUACAUGAGCAACCUCAACAUAACGCUGGACGUAGAGCCUGCUUUAACGAAUCUUGUGUUGGACUAUGGCUACGAGAUACCCGCUGUACGAUCGGCUGAGUUCCACGCUGAAAAUCCUCAUAGCAAGACCUUCGCGUACAGACUUGACCACAGUCUCGAGAAGUCCCUGUUUGCCUUCAUGACAAAUACUUAUAUUCAGAGAAAAACGGUGGGACAUGGGGACGAAAACAGAUAUCUGUUCAACACCCCACCGCCGUUGGGCCCUCUGACCCAUCCACAGGAUCUCCAUGUUCGAGAUAUCAUGACGACCCUUUGGACCAACUUUGCACGCACAGGGAACCCGACAGUCAACGGCACCCUGGGUUUCAGAUGGGCACCCGUGACGCCCAGUCAACCAGUCAGAUUUCUGUCCAUCACCACAAACCCUACCAUGCAAUCAGUGGAUGAACGGAAACGAGACUUUUGGAAUUCCCUGCCAGUCAAGGAUAGCAAAUUGCUCUAUCCCGAGCGUUUUCUUCCACAUACGGAUACAUCUGACUCAUCCUCAGCUCAAACACUGAACUCAACUUCAUUUAUUGCUAUGGAAGCAUAUUGUGUAAAUUAAUACUUACGUAUAUAAUAACCUUAUAUUCAGUUUUUCAUUACUCAUUGACAUCUCUUCUCAUCAUUAAUAAAAUUUUACAUUUCAUAUAAGUGUUGGCAGCAUUUAAAUUUAACUUUGUAAAAUAAAGGAAAACCUUAAUAAGUAUGUAUCUGUAUAUGCGCAAUCAUGUUUGAAAAUGUAGAAGA